GUAUAAUCUUAGCGUUUAUGAUAGAAGUUUGCUGUCCUUUUUUGAGAUAUGGUAUCUGGAGCUUGACCUUUGAAGACUUUUCGUAUAUAAAUUAUGAAUUACACAUUACUUCUGUUGCUUUCUUUGUUUCCCUUCGUAAAGAUCCAUCUUGCUAGCUAGCAAGUGUUAGUUAUGCCUUACUUAAAACCAGAUAGUUCAAAUAAGGAAAAAGCUAAUAUUGUCCAAUAUUUCAAGCUAACCAAAACAGAAGAAAAAUUUAGCAACUCUCCCAUCAUUUUGCAAAGACGCAGUCGAAGUACAGGCCGAGGCCCAUUUCUCAACAGAGGGGCAGUUCGUCAGCCUGUCAGAGAUAGAAGUGCUGAAUCUCAUGUACUAUACAGAGCUUGUGCCACAGAUUCCCACUGCUUGGCUGCUCAGCUGAGUUUUGUGGGUCAAGAAUGCCACCGUUUGCCAUCUGUUCUCCCCAAGCUUUAUGGACCUCGAGUGAUUUCUCUUGAUCUUAGUUACAACUGCCUGACAACAUUGGCAGGAGUUGAACAGUUCCCCAUCCUAGAAGAGCUUAUUCUGGACAACAAUCAACUGCCUGACAACACAACAUAUCCUUCUCUCCCUAAUCUUCAUACUUUGUCACUAAACAAAAAUUGUAUUAAUAACUUAGACCUGCUACUGACAAAAGUUAGUCACCAGCUACCUUCGCUGCGGUACUUAAGUUUGCUUGGAAAUAAGGCUUGCCCUAAUCAACUCUCUGACAAAGAUAAAGAUGAAGAAGAUUAUCAGCGAUACAGAUAUUAUGUUAUUCAUCACUUACCAAAGCUGCACUUUCUUGACUCGAGACAAGUCAAUGAUGUAGAGCGCCAGGAAGCACAACAAAGAGGACAAUUCAUGCGAAUAAUGAGACCAUCAAAUACUACAAGAACAGAGGAAGAAACAUCAACUCAGCAUAGUAUAUAUUCACCAUUACCAAACAGUGGGAGAGAUGGAGGAGACCAUCAAGGUGCAUAUGGAAGAUGCAGAUACAGAUAUUCAGGAAAACAUUCUGAGGGAAAUAGAUUCAUCCAAAACAGCGAUUUGUGAGUGUCAUCAUAGACCUGAGUAAGAAAUUUGGGGUUGAGUUUCUCUGUAGCAGUGGAUUGAAAGUAAAAGGUGCUUGGGUUUUGAUGUCUGGUGAAGUGAGAGAUUAUAAUGUUUAUGGAGGGAGCACUUGCAAGGUUGUUCAUCAUUUUUCAUUGUCUUUACCAUCCGUAUUAGUCUUCUGCAUGCUAAAUUUUGUCACCUUUUGACUGACUGGUAUCAAACAGAAAUUUAUUGAUUUUUAAAACAAACUCAGGUUAAUAGUAAGAAAAUAGAAAAAGGGUAGCACUGAAAAAUAAAUCAUGUGCUGUAUAAAAAGCUCUUAUUUUGCUAGGGGAUGUGACUGUUAGUGUGCCUUGUGUCACAUUAUUUUUAUU